AGUCGCAGCAGCAGAUUCCGCCCAUUUGUUUCCGCAGGCGCUCCUACCAGACGCAUGUGCUGCUGCAGCUGCGUCUGACGCGCUGGUCCUCGCGUCUGCACGCGUGGCGUCUGCCCUCAGGCGCCAGCUGGCGGCACACGUCAGCACCCGCAUGCACGUGCGUGGGGGGGGUGUAAGUUCAGGAGCGCGGGGUGUGGGCACCAGGAGCGUACAGCUUAGUGCUGCUGCGGGUGGCGGUGCUGGCAGUGGUGGUGGUUUGAAGGAGGAGGCUGCUUGUGCAUAUUCCCACUGGGCGUCCAUAGCAGCAGCAGAUGGGCUGCUGCAGUGGCUGGCAGAUGAAUGCUCGCUUCAUCACAACCACCACCAGCACAACCAGCAGCACGGGCAGCAGCAGCAGCAGCAGCACCAGCACACUCACCAGCAGCACAGUCAGCAGCAGAUGCACAGCAGUGGGGGCCUGGGGCACAUGUCACGGCACCAUGGCAACAUACCCACACACCCAGACGCACAUGGACAUGGCGGCGCUGUUGCUGCUGCUGCCACGACCCAUGCAGCCUCCACGCACUCGCACCUGCCAUCGGCCCAUCCCGGCACAGCUAGCGCUGCAGCACCAGGAGCAGCAGGGAUUGCACCAGGCGCCACUGCAGGAGGACUUGCAGGAGGAAUGGCAGGAGGAGCGUCAGGAGGAACGCUUGUGGUCGCUAAGGACAAGCUGCGCAGCGUUCUGGGCGUCGAUGGAUUUGAUUUUGCUGAGCUGGCAGCAUGGAGGGAGAGGAGGGAGGCUGACGUUGCAGCAGCUGAAAGGGCAGCUCGAAAAUCCGCCGCCGCAGCAGCAGCCACGGCAGGAGGAGGAGGAAAAGGAGGAGACGGAUGGGGAGGGGGAGGUGGAGGAGGAGAAACAGGAGGAGGCUGGGGCGGAGGAGGAGGUGGGCAGGGGAAGGUGACAGCUGGGGGAGGCGCAGGGGGGGGAUGGGGGGAAGCAGGGGGGAAAGGGAGGGGGGGGAGGGGGGGCACUGGGGGAGGAAUGGAGCGAGUGCAGACAGAGGCGCAGUUAAGUCUUGGGGUAGGGGGGCUGGGUUCAAGAGCAGUGUCAACACCGAGCCUGAUUGGGCUGAUUGGGAGGGAGAAGGAGGUGGAGGGAGGAGGAGGGAAGUGGGGAAGCGCAGGGGGGAGCAUGGGGGAUGUGAGGGAACAGGCGAGGAAGGCGGGAGCGAGUGAGGGCGAGCAGGGGGGGAGGGUGAAAGGAGGGGCAGGAGAAGAACCAGAUGAUAACAAGUCGGGUGAGGGGGGAGAGAGGGGAGAGGAGGAAGAAGAGGCAGGUGUGAGAUGGGCGAAAACAGCCCUCGGGGAGCCUCUAGAGGUGCUGAAAACGGGGGGAGAGUUACUGGAGGGCGUGUGUGUGAAUGCACUGAAUCCGAGGCAGGCAGUGGUGGCCACCAAUCGCAAGGGACUUCUCUUCUUUGACAUUCACAGUGCCUCAGCUUCCCACUCCUCUUCCGGGCACCUCAGUGCGUCUGCUGCUUCCUCUGGUUACUCUGGUUACCCUGGUGCUUCUGGUUACGGCAGUCAUGCUGCUGCAGCCGGCCCUGGCUCUGCAGUGUUUGACAGUCUCUGGGCGUCUGCCUGCUGGCCUGCUGAUAGCUACGCAGGCCGUGUUGCCACCCCCCCUCCUGCCCACUUCGCCCUCCUCACCCAUUCCCCUAGUGGCCGCAUGAACCUGCCCGGUUCUGCUGGUGCUGCUGGUGGUGGUUGGGGCGGGGGAGCAGGGCAAAGCGGGGAGAGCAUGGGAAGCAGUGGGGCCGGGAGCAUGGGAGGCGGAGGGGGAGUGGGUCGGCUGGGUGGGUUCGGGAGCAGCAGUUUCAGCAGUGCCAGCAUCGGCAACAACCCUGCAAAUACCUCCUCGCCCUUCUCCCCAAUAGGCUCGGCGGUGGGCAGGGGCGCGGCGGCUCGGGAUUCGUCUUAUGCGGGCGGCGUGGGGAUGGGGAUUCCGGGGUAUGGGGGGAUAGGCGCGUGGGGAUUGGGAUGGGAGGACUUGGAGGAUGCGGAGGAGGGGUAUGUGGACCCACCGGCCACAGCAGAGUCGGUGGCGGGGAGGGCGUUGGCUGCUCACCCCCUCAGGCCCUUCUUCCUGGUCGGCUCCACCAACACGCAUGUGUACCUCUGGCAGUUCGGUGCGCCAGCAGCCACGGCAACGUAUGGGGUGCUGCCAGCUGCCAACACGCCAGUGCCGCUGGUCAUCCCCUCUGUCACUGCCCUCUCCCUGCACCGCUACGGGGAGCGCUUCGCCACCGCUGCUGCGGACGGCACGGUGUCGAUGUGGCAGCUGGAGGUGGGGGGGAGGAGCAACGUGAAGCCCACUGAGACCAAACACUGCUUUGGGCGGAGCGCCAGUGGAGUGGCGUUCAUAGGGGCGAGCAGCAGUGUGCUGGCAGCGGUGGGGCAGAGCCCAUCGCAGGACAACCUGGUCGUGUGGGACUCCCUCGCCCCGCCCAACGCCUCCCGCGUUGCCAUCAACUGCCACCAAGGCAAAGCCCCUCGCACAUGUAGAGAGGGUAUUUUUGAGACGUCUCAAGAAUACCCUCUCUACACGUCGAGUUCUCCUGCCACCAAGGCAUGGGCUCUUGCAUGGGGCAGAGCCCCUCGCAGGACAACCUGGUCGUCGUUGCCCCUUUCUCACCACCAUCCGUCAACUUCUCAACAUCAUAUCCCUCUCCUCACUCAUCCCACUGCAGGUGGCGCCACCAGCAUCGCUAUCGUUGACAACACCAUCCCUGCUGCCGCCGCCACAGGGAGCACCGGGGGAGCAGCAGCACGGGGAGGAACAGGGGGUGGCAACGGAGGAGGAGGAGGAGGACAGCUGUCGGCGUCUCAUUCGCUGAUCGUGACAGGCGGCAAGGCCGGCGAUAUCUCAGUGCACGAUUUCCGGUUCAUUGCGAGCGGCAAGAGCGGCCGCAAGGGGGGCGGAGGCGGGGGCGGGGGGAGCAAAGACGGAAGCAGAAACAUCAGUAACAGCAACAACAGCGGCGGCGGUGGCGGCAGUGGCAGCAGCGGCGGCGGUGCAGGCAGUGGUGCAGUGGGCAGUGGUGGUGGUGGUGGGUAUGGGGAUCGGGCGCUGUGGCACAUUCCCCGGGCGCACAGCAGCAGUGUGUCGGCGAUUCUAUCCCUGCCCGGCACGCCGCUGUUCCUGAGUGCGGGCAAGGACGGCGAGGUGAAGCUGUGGGACGCCUCGCGCUGCCAGCUGCUCAGGGAGUGGCCCCGCGUGCAUGAGAAACGCACUUUCCUUAAUGCCCGCGGCUUUGGAGCCGUCAUGCAGGUGGGUGUGCUGUGUGGGCUACUGGGUGCUAGUCACGCAGGUGGCUGUGCUGCUGGUUGGGGGAGUGGGCUUGUUGGUGUGAUGGAUAUGAUUCCCUCAACCCAUGGCCUUCUAACAUGUGGCGCGUUCUCAAGUUGCUCCUCUCGAUCCGCCAUGGCGCUCAGCUGGCUCACGCUGUUCCUCAUCGACGUGCUCUUCAUCGUGCUGUCUCCCGGGCUGCUGCUCCAGAUUCCAGGCGACACACAGCCAAUAGAGUUCCGCAACUGGCGCACGUCUCUCGCGUCAGUGUUGGUGCAUGCAGUGGUGUUCUUCAUCUUGCUGCUUCUCAUUGAUGAGUAUUACUUCUCCAGUGCUGCUGGUGGCGGUGGUGGGGGAAAACAUGAUUAG